AUGUCAACCAACAACCUCAGUCUCUUCAUAAAAAAUUCUGGAACAGGAAGGGGCGGUCGAAUAUGGCGGUCCCAAGCAUGGACUGGUACGGGGUCGGAAGGAAAAAAUUUUGCGGACCCUUGGUUGUGCGACACCCUGAAAAAAGUUGCAUCUUCCCCUGACAUGGAGAAACCGAUAGUUUUCAACGACGAGGAUUUCAACCUGAUUGCCGUAGACGACAUCAUGAGUAAGGUGGAUUUGGAACCGAGGAGGAAAAAACUAGAAAGGCAGUACUCCAACUCGAGCCUAAACUCGCAGAUCCAAUACUCCAUCAACUUCUUCGACAACAUGCUGGCCGACUACGAGAAGGAGUUGACGAACGAUAGUUACGACAUCAGCCAGCACAACACCGCCACCAGGAGCAACAUCCAAAUGAUGAUGGCGAGGACGGCCGAGAAAAAUUUAGAAAUUAGGAAGCCAGCUGUCUCCAUGCGGCUGUCCAACAUUGGGGAGGAGGUUGCCGACAGCUAUGUGAGUUGA